GUAUGUAUAGAUAUCUCAGCAGGCCAAUGGGAUUUAUCAGCUAAAACUCACUCACUGAGAGCACAGGAGGGCAGCUCUCACACCCAAGAGCUUCUGUUGGAGAUUAGGAAGUUGCUUCCACACAGUUACACAGGUCCAUUGCUCUUUUUCCUUGAGUCUAAUAAUACUGUGUACAGUCUGUCCAUAGAACAGCCUGCCCGCUGUCUCAUUGGUACUAUAAUGAUAUUUGUAAGAUAUAGUUGCUGCCUUUUAAGAAAAAUUCUGGCUGACAGAAAGAGGAUGGAAUGAGACUGUGAGGGAACGGGGUGGUGAAGUAAAAAGGGGCAAGGAAGUGACAUGAAUGGGCAGGGUAGUGAUGUAACUGGGGUGGAUGUAGCUGGGGUUUGGUUAGUAGGGUGGGCUGAGGUUUAGGGGAUAGAAGCUGAUCUGAGAGCAGAAAUGGAGUGGAGUAGGGGUGGGCAAAACAUAGUAACAUAGUAAGUUUGGUUGAAAAAGGACACAUGUCCAUCAAGUUCAACCUUUUAUGCAUAUAUAUAACCUGCCUAAUCCAGAGGAAGGCAAAAAAAAACCAUCUGAAGCCUCUCUGAUCUGCCGCAAAGGAGGAAAAAAUUCCUUCCUGACUUCAAGAUGGCAAUCGGACCAGUCCCUGGAUCAACCUGUAGCUUAGGGAUAUCUUUAAUACCCCUGUAUUUCCUCAUUUGCCAAAAGGGACUCAAGGGAACGUUGCUUGUCUCCCAUGAUUCUAUGAAAUGGGUAUUUUAAGUAAUAAUUUACCUUCUACUUUAAAAUAUAAAAAUCAACCUUGUAGCUUUAUGGCCUUUAUACAAGCACUUUCUUGAUAUGAGUUAAAGAGAACAUCUACAUCUACAGCUAAUACAGAUCUAUUUAUGUGUUCUUCGUACCUUUGUGUAAUAUAGAGAUGAAGGUGUGGAAUGUGGUUUAGACUAACUUCCUCUAAAGCUCUUCACAACUUUACGUUCAGUGAUAUUGGCUAUAUAUAUGUAUAGGAGGCUAUACCGGAGUGUCAUUUAGGCACUUUCCAGUUGUAUCUCUACUAAUACCUAAUAUUCCUUUUAUACUUCUGCUAUCCCGGCACAUCUGCUCCCAUUGCAUCAAUUGCUGAGGAUCAUCUCCAGACUCAACAUUUAUAUAAAAGUGACCAUGAAGAUGAUGCUGAGUCUGGCUUGGCUGCUCAUAGCCAUAGCCCAUAAGGCUGAACCCCUCAUCUCUGCAAACUUUAAAGCCUGUAAAAAGUUUUUCUACAGAGGACAGCUCCCUGCCGGCUUUGCUAGCAUUGCUCUCCCUCACCGAUUUAAUCCCUCAGACUUACCAGAUGGGAUAAAGGCAAAAGAACUGACCUCUCCAGCCUAUAUCUGCCAGAAGUAUGGGAACAGGGUUUACUUUGCUUCCCUGUAUGACAGAGGGAGGCGCGUGCCCCUCUAUUCUGCCUACAUCUUGGACAGGAGACCCACAUCUAAGCCUAUAAAUAAAAGACAAACAUUCUUUAAUAUAGAACCUCAGCUGAUUUAUAGGCAGUUGGAUGGCACAAUGUUACCUGAACGCAAUACCAGCAAUAAUAUAAAAACAUUCAACACAAAGCAUAACAUUUCUCCACGUGAACAAAAAAAUCAGCCAUCGAGUCUCAUUAACACAAGCCAAGCUGUUGAUGCUGAUUAUAGAAACAGUGGCUAUGACAGGGGGCAUGUGAAUCCCAGGGGGCACCAUGUAACUGAUGAUGAGCAGAAAGGAACAUUUACCCUCACCAACGUGGUGCCCAUGGCUAAAAAGUUGAACAACGAGUUUUGGAGUCAAUACGAGAAUGACAUGAUUGGGAGCGCUAAAGGCUGCAAGACAAUGUACGUGGUUACCGGCAUUGUACCGAGCAAGGAGUGGAUAAAGGGUGACCGUGUGAAUAUUCCCAAGUACAUGUGGAAUGCUUAUUGCUGUGUGGGUAAAGAUGACAAGCCGAUUAAGUCAGGGGCGGGGCUAAGAAAAAAUGAUGACUCUGACAAACCCGUUGAAAAGAUGCAAAUAAAUGAGCUUCAAAAGCGACUCAAGAAACUUUUAGUCAAAGAGAAUAUUUCAAUAUUCCAAAAUAAUUGUUCAAAAAAAUUGCAAACAUCCAGAAAAGCUGCUGCAGCAUAUAAUGCAAACUGCUGAAUGUCUCUAUCAGUGCUGCUGUGGCAUCUGAUCUGUACCAACCGGGCACAUUUACAACCAAUAGGGCAAGAUGUAUAGUGCACAAAACUGGAGCCUCACUCUAUUCACUAGUGAUGAGCAAAUCUGUCCCGAUUCGCUUCGCCAUAAAAUUUGCAAAACGGUGCCCUUUUUUUUUUUACACGACUGCACCUUUUUUUGACACGCAUGCGCCCUGUUUGAUGCGACCACAUCCUUUUUGACGCAACCACACCCAACUUUCACACCCAAAAUUCGCUCAUCCGUACUAUUCAUCUGUUCCAGCAGGGCUACAAAAUGGAAGGAUUGGGUGCAACAUGGGCAUGCUCUGGGACAAUGGUUAUAUUUAGGGCAGCAAUGGACCUAAGCCUGCCCCUUCCCUCUGUGAACAACGCACAUGCAGAUGGUCCUGCUCUACUGUGCAUUCGCUGAUAGCAGAAGGGUAGGGUUCCCAAUCCCUCUCAGCUCUGCCACCUAAUUUAGCCACAAAUAUCCAGUGGCACCCCAGUAGCACCCCUGUUGACACUGUGAGUUGAUCAGGGUGGGCCAUUCAUGGAGAAUUGUUGUGAUCAGUUCCUUAACCCUUAGAGAGCUUCUUUCCAGUAAAUCAUAUAUUUCUCUUAGUUAUAUUAGUGUUUGCUUGUUACUAUCCUUCCCCAAAUGCAACUGCCAAAUAAAUCUGCUCUGAGCAACUGCAAA